AUGAAUGCGUUGCUUCCAAAGAUACUUCACGUGGCUCCUGUAAAUGCUCCUUAUCUAUGUUGUCUCGUUUGCAGCGUCUUCAAGAAAACCAGCUCCAAUGGGAAGGUGACAGUCUACAUGGAAAAACGAGACUUUAUCGACCAUCUGGACCACGUGGAUCUGGUUGACGGAGUUGUGUACGUGGACCCGGCUUACAUCAAAGGCCGCAAAGUGUACGUGUCCCUGACGUGCGCCUUCCGCUACGGCCGAGACGACAUGGAGGUGAUCGGCAUCCCGUUCCGGCGCGACAUCCACGUGACCCACCGGCAGCUCUACCCGCCGUGCCAGGGCCCGCCCGCCACGGCCGCCACCGCCAGCUCCCUGCAGGAGCGCCUCCUGCACAAGUUGGGCAGCACGGCCUACGCCUUCAGCUUCAGCAUGCCCCAGAACUUGCCCUGCUCGGUGACCAUGCAGCCGGCUCCCUGCGACAAGGGCAAGUCCUGCGGAGUGGACUUCGAGGUGAAGGCGUUCUGCUGCGAGAAACUCGACGAAGACAUCAAGAAAAAACACUCGGUGAGUCUGCUGAUCAGGAAGGUUCAGUUCGCCCCGGAGAAGCCUGGAGUGAUUCCAUCCGGGGUCGCGAACGUGGACUCUGAAGUCACCAUGAACGCCUCGCUCGACAAGGAGGUUUACUACCACGGCCAGCCCAUCAAAGUGAACGUCAACAUCCAGAACGGCUCCAGCAAGCACGUGAAGAAGAUCCGACUCACUGUCGAUCAAAUCUCUGACGUGGUCCUCUACUGCCAGGACAAAUACACCAAGGUGGUGUGCAACCUGGAGCCUGCUGACGUAGUAGGUCCCAAGUCUAGCCUGAGCCAGGUCUACUCGCUCACUCCGCUACUCGCCAACAACCGCGAAAAACACGGCAUCGCCCUCGACGGCAAACUCAAACACGAAGACACGAACCUGGCAUCUACCACGCUGUGA